AUGGCCGAUGCAGAGGAAAAGGCCCGCAAGGAGAAGAUUGCCGCGGCCAAGAAGCGAGUCGAGCAAAUGAAGAAGAAGAAGAAGGGUACCCCAGCCAAACAAACAAAGACAGAAGCAGCCGAAACCCCUGUGCCCGAGCCUGCUGAGGAGAAGACCGAAGACACUCCUGCCGUCGAAGAGAAAACCGCCGAAGAGCCUCCCAAGGAUACAGAUGAUAAGCCAGCGAAGGCGUCUUCCAAAGGACCAAAGAAGCCACUCCAAAUUGAAACCAAGGACGAGAGUGAUAGCGACAGCGAUAGCGAUAGCGAGAGUGACAGCGAUGACGAAAACUCGCCCGCCGCUACCCCAUCUCUUGCACAGCAGUCAAAACUGAGGUCUACAUCUUUCCGCGCCGGCUCCAACCCUUCAGGAGGGGCAGCAUCUCCAUUCAGUCCCGAUGGUGAGACUGCGCCGGAUAUCUACAGAAAGCACAUGGCUCGGAUUGAAGAGCUGGAAAAGGAAAACAAGCGAUUAUCUAAAGAGGCUACCGACUCAGAGAAGAGGUGGCAGAAAGCUGAGAACGAAUUGGCCGACAUUCGCGAGGCUGAGGGUGAGGAAAGUGGCAAGACUGGCAGUCAUGAUGAUGGCCUUUUGGAUAGCUUGAAGAGCCAAAUGGCCGCACUCGAACGUCAAAAUGCUCAGCUCCAACAACAGGUGUCGCGUGGACCCAGUCAUGGCCAUCGCCAAUCCGUGUCAAUGGCUACACCACCGGCAGAUUUCAAGGCCGAGUUGGAGGCCAAGACAGCGACCAUUGAAUCCAUGGAAAUCGAGAUUUCAAAACUUAGAGCCCAGGCCGAGCGCCACGCCAGCGGAUCAUCAUCGGAGAAGGAACAGGUUACUGCUCUCGAGGACAAACUCGCGCGUGCUGAAGCAGCGGCAGGCAAGGCUCAGCGCGAGCUCCAGGACCUCAAGCGCAACCUUGAGAGAACAGCAGAGAAGGCAGUGCGCGAGGGCAGCGAGCGGACGAGUGCCGAAACAAAGGUCAAGACUCUUGAGCAUGAACUUGAAGAAGUAAAGAAUGCGCGCGACGAGCUUGAGAAGAAGGUCGAAGCUUUGGAUAAGAAAGCCACGACCCUGACCACAUUACACAAGGAGCAAGAUUCUCGUCUACAAGCAGUCAAGAAGGAGAAGGAGAAGGCGGAACAUCAAGUCACUGAGCUGCAAGAAAAGGUUGAGAAGCUCGAAAGUGAAAACACGAAACUCAAGAGCCGCAAGUCUCUAGAAGGCGGUGGCGGAUUGGACGAUGAAGGCGUUGACGAGCUUGAGGAUGAGGAACGCCAGAAGCUCGAGAGGAAGAUCCGUGCUCUCGAGAGCGAGGUUCAUGAGCUGAGGAGCGGGGCAUGGAUUGAAAAGCGCCGUGAAUUGGAGGCAACCAGCCCGGGUUUCCAGGACGUCGACCUUACCACGGGACAUGGCAUGUCUCCCACUCAGCGAAGGAAGUCUGGCCCUGGCAGCAUCGGUGAUUUCUUCACAAGUGGUCUCAAUGCACUCGCCGGGGGUGGUGAUGAAGAGUUUCUCGAGGACGAUGAUAUGGACUUUGACGAAGAUGCGUUCCGCAAGGCGCAAGAGGAAGAGUCCAAGAGGAGACUCGAGCGGAUUAAAGAGAUCAAGCGAUCACUCAAGCACUGGGAAGGUUGGAGACUGGAUAUUGUCGACAUCAGGAGAGGGGGUAAUGAAGGCGUGGGUGAGAUCUUUGAUGUCUAA